AUGCCAUCCAAACUUUUUGACGUUGAUCAUCAACUGGCAUUCUAUGGAGCGUAUCAUUCUAAUAAGAUUAAUAUUGCGAUCCACAUCGUAUGCGUCCCCAUUAUCAUGUGGACCUUCCAAGUCUUUCUGGCGCAACAAUCUUUACCAUCGUUCGUCCCGUCGUUCUCUUACCGGAUCAACGACUAUCUUUCACUUGAAUCAAACUGGACUGUUCCGCUUACGGUAACAUACCUUGCGUAUUACUAUGCUCUAGAGCCCGUCGGUGCGCUAUUGUACACGCCCCAAUUCGUGCUUUCGUGCCUCUCAGCAACCGCCUAUUCUCAUCGAGCAGCACUUAAAGUUGCGGGAUCACUGCAUGCGUUUAGCUGGAUCAUGCAAUUCAUUGGACACGGCGCAGCCGAAGGCCGUGCACCUGCUCUGCUCGAUAACCUCCUUGGAGCAGUGGUCCUCGCUCCCUUCUUCGUCCAUCUCGAGAUGCUCUUUGCCAUCGGCUACAACCCGGGCCUGCACAAGCGGGUCCAGAACGGCGCGGGCAAAGCGAUUGCUCAAUUCCGUAGGGAGGAGGCCGAGAAGAAACGGGCUGCUGGGAAGAAAGAUCUUUGA